AGGGAGAGAGAGAGAGAGAGAGAGAGAGGAGAGAUAGAAUGCUGGGAAGAGUAAGACGAUCGACGAUCAGCUCGCUGGAGCAAUUGGAGCUGGAGAGGCCAUCGUCGAAGAUCAUCAAAGCUGAUUCUCUCUCCAUAUAUGAGACAACUCUUAUGAAGCUACGGGAAGGCUCUCGGCGAGAUACAAGCUUUCCUGCAGAGAGUUCAGUAGAUGGAAAUAUAUGUUGCAUUACUUCAGGAGGUUCACCCAGAGAGGAGGCAUCAAUAACUGAUACUGAUUCUUCCAGGGAAUAUCUUGAAGAUACCAGUAGUUGUCAGCCCACAGGCUCCUUGAAAGAAACAAAGAAGAGCAACUUUUCACUUGCUUACAUGUUUUCUAGGUAUAAAAGUUCUCAGUGUGCUGGAGGCAUAAAUGAGGAGGAUGCAAUGGAUAUAGAAGACAAUACUUGUUCUGCAAACUCUUCACUUAGUCCUAACAAUUCUCAGUUGAUGAGCAGCUCAGUACUGUCCACAAUACAGGAACACAUUUGUUCCCCUAUGAUUUGAGUUAAGAUUAUUGCUCAA